AUGCCGUUUGCACCAUUUGUUGGUGUAAACCACCAUAGGCAAUCAAUUCUGUUGGGAGUAGGCUUGAUUUCUAGUGAGGAUACCGAGACAUUUGUGUGGUUAUUCAAGACAUGGUUGCAAUUCAUGGAUGGUAACGCUCCAAAAGCUAUUAUCACUGAUCAAGAUAGAGCGAUGAAAAAUACAAUCGCAAUUGUCUUCCCAAAUACCCGGCAUAGAUUUUGUCUUUGGCAUAUACUGAAGAAAGUUCCUAAGAAGCUUGGCUCAUAUGAUUCGUACAAAACUGGGAUGAAGAGUGCAUUGAUGAAAUGUGUAUAUGACACCCAAUGUGUUGAUGAGUUUGAGAAAUGUUGGGAUCAGUUGCUUACCACUUACAACUUGGGAGAUAAUGCAUGGACAAACUUAAAGGAGUUUGUAGACCAAUUUGAUAAUACAUUGAACAAAAAGAUUGAGAAUGAAAAUCUCGUGGACUUCCAAUCAUUUAAUGUGACAAUCCCCUGUAUAUCUAGAUCUCCGAUUGAGAAGAGGUUCCAAGAGUUGUACACUUUGUCUAAGUUCAAAGAAGUUCAACAUCAAGUCAACGGUAUCAUUGACUUGAAUCCAAAGUUACAUAAUUCUGUUGGUGCAAUAAAGACAUAUAUGGUUGAAGAUGAAUUUUGUUUGGAAGAGUUCACUAAGUUGGUUAAACAUUUUGUGGACUUUAGUGAGGAAUACGCAGUUGCAAAGUGCUCAUGUGGAUUAUUUGAGAUGAGGGGGAUAUUGUGUCGUCACAUUUUGGCCAUGAUUACUUAUGCAUUGGGAUCGAGAGAGAAUGCUGAGGAUGCAAGAAAUAAGUUAUAUGCAAUGAUUGAGUUGUAUCGUGCUAAUCAAGAAGGCCCAUCGAUGACUCAAAUUCGUUCCAAUGUUGAUUGUACGGCGAAUGACACUAUAGUUGGUGCUUCUGGGGAAGUACGUAGUCCACGUGUUGUACGAGGCAAAGGCAGACCUCCAUCUUUAAGGAGAGCAUCCAGGAUGGAGAUAGACAUGCGGAAAGCUAAAGCAAAGACGAAGAAAGCACCAGCAAAGGGGAAGCGUAAAGAGAAGGCUAUUCCCGAAAGAGAAAGCGUGGCUAUCGACAUUACUGGAGCCCAGUCUCGAGAAAUAGCUAUUCAGAGUCAAGAAAGCAUGGAAAUUGGGUUGGAAAAAUCACAAUUGGUGCACUUUGGGUUGGACAGAUCACAACCUUUGCAAUGA